AUGACCUGGCGUGGUGACCAGUGUAUUCCCUGUGCUGGCUCCCCUUCAACGUUCUCAAUAACGACGCUCGACUGGUACGAAGAAGCGCAGGAGUGGGCGCACCUCCACCACGUCUGGUUCGUGUUCCACUGGCUCGCCAUGUCCCACGCGUGCUACAACCCGCUCAUCUUGUGCUGGAUGAACACCAAGUUCAGGGAGGGAUUUCUCAACGUGUUCUACCACCUGCUGCCCUGCUGUCGGGAGAGGAUCGCCGAGUGUCUGCUGAAGCUGCGCCAGACGUCGGGGCUGCACCGCGCCUACACCUACAGCACGGCGAUGGGGAGCUCUCGCACCUCCAGGAACCAGAGGUACAUCGAGGACCCGGUGCCUGUACGCCGCGGGUCCUGCUGCUCCUCGACCGGCUUCGUCGCCCUCCAGCCGACCUCGGACGUCCCCCUCAGGGUGUUCCGCACGUGUUCCCUCCAGACCUCCGCCAACGGCCUGUAUCGCUGCGGAGGUCAGGUCAGCACCUCCACCUCCGACCUCCAGAUCCGCGCGGUCGACCUCCAGCAAUACCACAUGGGCGGGGCCGGGGAGGCCGAGAGGGCCAGGGCGAGGAUGCAGUUCCUGGAGGUGCCACAGCUGCAGCACCAGGGGGGGCAGGUCAGGGCCGUGGAGUCCAAGGUGUGAGAGGCACGAGGCGGUGCCCUCGCGGUUGGCGCCUGGGCUCGCCUUCGGGGGCUCAGUUUUGUCCCCCCCCCCCACUCUCUCUC